AUGCAUUUCUUGGCGAUUGCUGCGGCGCUGGCCGCCUUGUCGGGCACGUCAAGCGCUAUGGGGUUGACAUCGUUUAGACAGGAUAUUACGCUGGCUUCUAAGAUGGGGAUUGACUCUGGGGAGUUGUUGCAACGGCAUCAGUCGGUUCAUGAAAUUGCUAUGGAGAGAUCGGAUACCACUCUCACUACUCAAUAUGUUUCGAUUCCAAUCGACCAUAACGAUACAUUCGUUGGCAUGUACAACAACCGCUACUGGGUCAAUGAUGAUUUUUAUCAGAGAGGAGGACCAGUCUUCAUCUAUGAUGUUGGCGAGUCCGACGCCGAGGCAUCUGCCAAUGCUGUUUUGGGCAAUUCGACCUCUUUCUUGAUGGAGAUACUAGCAGAGUUUGGCGGAAUGGGAAUUGUGUGGGAGCACAGAUACUACGGAGAUUCCCUUCCAUAUCCCGUCAACACCGACACACCCCCCGAGCACAUGAUUUACCUCUCGAACGAGCAAGCGCUGGCGGAUAUCCCAUACUUUGCGCAGAACUUCACGCUUGAGGGUUAUGCCGAUGUGGACCUGGCACCUUCCAAGACGCCCUGGGUCAUGGCUGGAGGUUCAUACUCCGGCAUGCGAGCGGCUUUUACUCGAGAAAAAUACCCCAAUACCAUCUUUGCGUCAUGGGCAUCUUCAGCACCCGUCCAGGCCAAGGUCGACAUGAGCAUCUAUUUCGAGCAGGUCUAUGCUGGAAUGGUUUCCAAUGGUUACUACAACUGCACCAGAGACAUCAAAGCAGCACUGGAGUACAUCGAUAUGGAACUCUCCAAGAAUGGUUCUAGCGCGGCAGCAAUCAAGAAACUUGUCUUCGGCGAAGGCGCGGAGAAGAACAACAACGGGGACUUUACCGCGGCCCUGGCUGGGCUCUACGGCUUUUUCCAGGCAGAGGGUCUCGGCGGCGGAAAGGGCAGUCUUGCGAAUUUCUGUCGUUAUCUGGAGACGGAUCCAGUCACUCAGAUGACGGCCGGACCGCGUGGAUUUGCACCCUACCGCGGCAGAGAAUACGUGGGCAGACGGCUCGCAUCGUGGCCCGCCUGGGCAGAGCUGGCGAACCUUAACUACAAGACCAACUGCGAAGGACUCGACGAUUCCCAGCCACUGUCUUGCGAGUUAAACCCGAAGUUCACGGACGUCACGAACAUCAGCUGGCUCUGGCAGGUCUGCACCGAGUGGGGAUUCUACCAGAGCAACAACUUCGGUCCUCACUCGCUUCUCUCCAGGUACCAGACUCUGGAAUACAAUCAGCAGCUGUGCACGCGACAGUUUCCCGAGGCUGUGAAAAGAGGCAUCAUCCCCAAGUCCCCCGAGGUUGCCAGAAUGAACCGAGAGACCGGCGGCUGGACAAUACGCCCCUCCAACGUCUACUGGAGCGGCGGCCAAUUCGAUCCCUGGCGAACCCUCUCCGUCCUCGCCACCGAAAGCUUCGCUCCAAAGGGCGUAGCCUUCUCCACGGAAAUCCCCGAAUGCAAUGUCGGGACUGGCGAGGACUAUGUCUUCGGAUACAUCAUGCCAAAUGCCGAGCACUGCUUCGACAUGAGACUCGGUUUCGCUCCGGGAGAGAUCUCACGUGGAUACUUUAAGCAGGCGUUGAAACAGUGGUUGCCCUGUUUCCAGGCCCAAUAA